AUGAUUCUAUUAGAGCUAAAAAAAAUAAACGGUACUCUUGAUACUAUCCAUUUUGUUGGUAUUGGCGGAAUUGGUAUGAGUGGAAUCGCUAAAAUAUUACAUAACCUUGGUUAUAAAGUUCAAGGUUCUGAUAUCGCUGAGAAUUAUAACACAAAAAGAUUACAAGAUAGUGGAAUUAAGGUUUAUAUUGGCCAUCAUGCUCAGAACAUCCCUAAUGUGUCAUAUGUGGUAGUAUCCACUGCGAUCAAUAAAGAUAAUCCUGAAAUUCAAGAAGCGUUGCGUAGAAAGAUACCGGUCAUUAGACGGGCUGAAAUGUUAGCUGAAUUGAUGCGGUUAAAAUGUUCUGUAGCAAUUUCAGGUUCUCAUGGUAAGACUACUACUACCUCGCUUGUGGCUUGUUUAUUUGAAGCGGCUGGCCUUUGCCCGACAGUUAUUAAUGGAGGUAUUAUUAAUAACCGUUUUACUAAUGCUUAUACUGGAUCAGGGAGUUAUUUAAUCGCAGAAGCUGAUGAGUCAGAUGCCACCUUUAUCCAUAUACCAUCAACAAUUGCAGUAAUCACUAAUAUUGAUCAUGAACAUUUAGAUUUCUAUCAAGAUUUUAAUAGCUUAAUUGCAGCUUUUAAAAGUUUUGUAACUAAUUUGCCAUUCUAUGGCUUUGCAGUUGCUUGCAUUGACCAUAAGGUAGUAAGAAAUUUAGUGGAUGAAAUCCUAGAUCGUAAAAUUAUCACUUAUGGUAUCGACUCUAAAGACGCCAAUGUACAAGCAUUUAAUUUAGAUUUUGGUAUUAGCUCAUCUACAUUUGAUGUAAAAAUUAACCUCCCUAAUGUUAACGGGACUAUAACUAUAGAGCAAGUUACAUUACCAGCACCAGGCAGACAUAAUGUACUGAAUGCUUUAGCAGCUAUAUCGGUAGCUGUAGAACUUGAUUUUGGUAUUAAAAUUAUUAAGGAUGGGUUUAGUAAUUUUGAAGGGGUGAAACGAAGGUUUACCAAAGUUGCUGAAUAUAAUGGGGCUACAGUAAUUGAUGAUUAUGCUCAUCACCCGGAAGAAGUCAAAGCUACCCUUACAACUGCUAGAAAUAUUGCAGAUAAACAAAAUGGUAAAGUUAUAGCAAUUUUUCAGCCUUAUAGAUACUCUAGAGUGCAAUACUUAUUUAAUGAUUUUGUUACUUGUUUCAGUGAGGCGGAUCAACUAUAUAUAACUGAUAUAUAUGCAGCAGGUGAGAAAUCGAUAGAAGGCAUAACUGGUAAAAGUUUAGUGAAUCAAAUUCAAAGUAUCGGUGCCCACUCGAAGGCCUCAUAUAUUGCGUCUCCUGCAGAUAUACCAAAAAUUAUUAUGGAUAAAGCGAUGCCGGGAGAUAUUAUAAUUAUGAUGGGAGCUGGAAAUAUCUCUAGCUGGGCCAAUAGUUUAUCAGGACAAUUUGCC